CUGAACGGUUUACUCCAUCCAAUUAAUUAUAUAAAUAUAUAAAACACUGCCGUAUUUUUUCGAGUGCUCUCUCGCCCUUGGAGAAAUCCGUUGGAAAAUAAGAAGGAAGGGAAUACAUCAGGAAAUAGAUCAGAAAUAGAACAACGAUGGGUCAAGAGGAUCAGGAGUUGUUAAUUCGCGGUGGCAGUAAACACCCAUCCGCCGAGCAUUUGAAUAAUGCUGAAGGCGGUGGAGCUUCGCAGAGCUGCAUUGGUCAGGGCUUUGGACAGGCAAAGAACUAUGGCACUCUGCGACCACCCAGUCCACCGGAUGGACCCGGUUCUGGAUCCACCAAUGGCCAGCUGGCGGAGAAUCUCACCUACGCCUGGCAUAACCUGGACAUUUUUGGGGCUGUGAACCAACCAGGUUCCGGCUGGCGACAGCUGGUCAACCGGACGCGAGGACUCUUUUGCAACGAACGACACAUUCCGGCGCCCAGGAAGCAUCUGCUGAAGAACGUUUGCGGCGUGGCCUAUCCCGGUGAACUGCUGGCCGUGAUGGGUAGCUCUGGAGCUGGCAAGACCACUCUCUUGAAUGCUUUGGCCUUUAGAUCUCCGCAGGGCAUUCAGGUGUCUCCCUCGGGAAUGCGAUUGCUCAAUGGCCAGCCGGUGGAUGCCAAGGAGAUGCAGGCCAGGUGCGCCUAUGUCCAGCAGGAUGAUCUAUUCAUUGGCUCGCUCACUGCCCGAGAGCAUCUGAUCUUUCAGGCCAUGGUCAGAAUGCCGAGGCAUCUGAGCUACAAACAGCGUGUGGCCCGUGUGGAUCAGGUGAUCCAGGAGCUAUCCCUAAGCAAGUGCCAGCACACGAUCAUUGGAGUGCCGGGCAGGGUCAAAGGUUUAUCCGGUGGCGAGAGAAAGCGUCUGGCCUUUGCCUCGGAGGCACUCACCGAUCCACCGUUGCUGAUCUGUGAUGAGCCCACCUCUGGAUUGGAUUCAUUUACUGCUCACAGCGUUGUCCAGGUGCUGAAGAAGCUGUCGCAGAAGGGCAAGACCGUCAUUCUGACCAUUCACCAGCCGUCCUCUGAGUUAUUUGAGUUGUUCGAUAAGAUUCUACUGAUGGCCGAGGGCAGGGUGGCCUUUUUGGGAACGCCCAGCGAGGCUGUGGAUUUCUUCUCCUACGUUGGAGCCCAGUGUCCUACGAAUUACAAUCCGGCAGACUUCUAUGUCCAGGUUUUGGCUGUGGUUCCCGGUCGGGAGAUUGAAUCCCGUGAACGUAUUGCCAAAAUCUGCGAUAAUUUUGCCAUAAGCAAAGUGGCCCGAGAUAUGGAGCAGCUGCUGGCCACCAAGAGUCUUCAGCAGCCACUGGAGCAGCCGGAGAAUGGCUUCACCUACAAGGCCACCUGGUUUAUGCAAUUCCGAGCAGUCCUGUGGCGAUCCUGGCUAUCGGUGCUCAAGGAGCCACUGCUUGUCAAAGUGCGGCUCAUCCAGACAACGAUGGUGGCCAUCUUAAUUGGUUUGAUCUUUUUGGGCCAACAACUGACCCAAGUGGGCGUGAUGAACAUCAAUGGAGCCAUCUUCCUAUUCCUGACAAAUAUGACCUUCCAGAACGUUUUUGCCACGAUUAAUGUGUUCACCUCCGAACUGCCUGUUUUUAUGCGAGAGGCCCGGAGUCGCCUAUAUCGCUGCGAUACUUACUUUCUGGGCAAAACUAUCGCCGAACUGCCACUCUUCCUUACUGUGCCCCUGGUAUUUACAGCCAUUGCUUAUCCUAUGAUUGGUUUACGGGCCGGAGUGCUGCACUUCUUCAACUGUUUGGCCCUGGUGACCCUGGUGGCGAAUGUGUCCACUUCCUUUGGCUAUUUGAUUUCCUGUGCCAGCUCCUCGACCUCGAUGGCCUUGUCUGUGGGUCCGCCGGUGAUUAUACCCUUCCUGCUGUUUGGCGGCUUCUUCCUGAACUCGGGUUCGGUUCCGGUUUACCUCAAGUGGCUAUCGUAUCUGUCCUGGUUCCGGUAUGCCAACGAGGGUCUGCUGAUCAAUCAGUGGGCGGACGUUGAGCCGGGCGAGAUCAGCUGCACCUCGUCGAACACGACGUGUCCCAGUUCCGGCAAGGUCAUCCUGGAGACCCUUAACUUCUCGGCCGCCGAUCUGCCGCUGGACUAUGUGGGUUUGGCAAUUCUAAUUGUGGGUUUCCGUGGGUUUGCCUAUUUGGCUUUGAGGCUUCGGGCCAGGCGCAAGGAGUAGGAUGAGCCGCCAUAGUUAAAGUGUUUUUUUUACCAUAAUUACUAUUGUGUUUAUUGUUUACUCCCACACAAAAUCAAUUAUAAUGCCAUUUUGCCAAUAAAAAGAAAUUAGCGACAUGAUUUAUAUAAAUAAGAUUUGUUAAGGGAAUAUAUUGUUACAUUUCCCAUAAAUCAUGAUACACACUAUUUGUAUGUCAAAAUUACAACAGAACGAACUUUAGUUUAGACGAACGUGUGUAUAUAUAUAUUUUUGUAUAUCAACCAAUUCAUUCAUUCAAACUCAUUUUCAACUUGGCGCCCUUUGCGGACACACACCACAACAACAAAUUCACCUCACCAUUGCUCACUUCGUUCGCUCUUGUACAAAGCGAAAAAAAAGCACGCUCUCUCACCACUCUGGUGAUUUCGGUCGAAGCUGGGAGAGGAGCAGCUUGGUUCCAACCGAUCCAGUUCACAGAAGGCAGCCGUCGCAACCAAGCAACAAAAACAUGUGUUCAUCGAUUUAUUAAAGCUGUUGCAUACAACCACAA